UCUUCAAUAUACAGGUGUUCGUAUACAGUUCGGUUUACAUCGAUUUAUCAUUUUAAUGAAAAAUCCGUUGCUCUGAUGAGUUCCCCGAUUCCAUCGUCGGUAAAAAGUCUCAAGCAAAGUCAGGGUCGAAGGAGUGACAAUAAUAACAGGUCAAUAAGAAUUGUGAAUAAUUUGAGAUCGCGGUAUUUAUUUACGUGGCAACUAUUCGUGGCAACGUGUGCUUGGUGUCACAGGUGGGGACUGGCAAAAUAUCCAGUCAUGUGAAAAAAUAAAUGGCAUCUCCUGCGGAAGGCAAAAAAAAUAAUCCCCGUACCAAUUAACGGACUAUGGGCAUCUGCCUGGACACUGAGCAACAAAAUGGAUCGCAGGUAUUCGAGGACGGCGAGAGGUGGAGGACGGGAAGAUGGCAGGGGGAGGCUGGUCUCCUUUCGACACCACCGGACGGAAAUUUUCCCAUGCAAAAUAUUGGACAGGUCAACUUUGAGUCGCCCAAAGUACCCGUCAUCUUUGUUCUUGGGGGGCCGGGAAGCGGGAAGGUGACACACUGUGACAAUUUGAUGCACGAGAAGAAAGGAAUCACGCAUAUCAAUAUGACGGAUUUACUGCAACAAUACGCUAUGGGAAACGAUAUGCUGGAUUUCGGGCUUCUCAGUAGUAAAACCGUGACGGAAGUUCUGAUGCUGGAAAUGAAAAUGUCGCCCACAGCUAAGACGUAUCUGGUCAGCGGUUAUCCGAGAAAUAUGAGAGACGUCGUCGAAUAUUCUGAAAAGAUCCAAAUAGUCAACGGGGUGGUUCUAGUUUCAUGGAGGCAAGAGAUUUUGGAGAGACAAAUCGAUUAUGGCGCUCAGCUUGGGCACGUUAUUCUUGGAUUAGCUAGAAUGGAGCUGAAUAAUUUUUACAGAAACGUUAUGCCCGUUGCCGAAUAUUUCGAUCAAAGCGGAAUGUUGGUUGCGGUAAACGGCGAAAGAAAUCCCAACGAAGUUUACGUCGAUUUUCGCGAAGCCGUCAUGAAGAUCCUUGGAAUAUCUGAUGGAAGUGAUCGCGCUGCGAAUCCUCCUGGCUCGGUGGAAGCUGAAGUGAAAGUCGAAAGAGGUUUGAUACCCUCCUCGCCACUGGCGAAACAAACUGUAGUCGCGGAUUUGAGUCCUCCUCCGCCCCCAGUGUCUCCAGAUUUGAAACCCUUGAAAACGGCUAACAGACCAAGAAAAGGAUUGCCCUAUUUCAUCUGGGUCAUAGGUGGUCCAGGGAGCAAUAAGGCAGUUCUCAGCGCACAGGCCAUCGCCAAUGAGACGGGUUGGGUGCACAUAAGCAUCGGCGGUCUACUUAGGGGUUCAGCGAGUACAAAUUCUAUAGUUCGAGACUCAAUUCUUGCGGGAGAGAUGGUGCCCAGGGACAUUGUCAUGCAAUUGGUAGAAAAACAGGUCUUGGUACAUCGAGAUACCGAUGGAAUUGUAAUCGAUGGCUUUCCUAGAGACUCAGAACAGGUCGCCGAAUUCGAAGACAAGUUUGGACAAGAACCGCCACUUCUGCUCCUCGAUUGUUCCAAGCUUCAACUGGGCAGAGGAAGACUCGACGACAGCGUAUCUGCUUUUAGACGAAGACUGGAAAUAUUCCGAGAACUCUCGUUGCCCAUGUUGAAAUCACUGGACGGAGAAAAUCGCUUGACAAUCAUCGACGGCGACACAGAUACUAAACAUGUUCAGGACGAAUUCACCGCUGCGUUGCAGCACUACAUUCAAAACGCAUCGCGUCAAAGGAAUCCGAAAAACGCCGUGAAUUCAAAUUCAAUAAAUUCACACGAACCAGAAACAAAAUUGGUAGCUAAUAAUGGGGUAUCGAAUGGUAUAACAAAAAAUAUCGAUCACAUGGUGAAUAACUUGCCGGUAUUUUCUAAAGAAGAAUUGUCGAAUGGUGUUUCGAAAAACGCUGUUGAAUCCAUAGUUAAUCGCGUGGGUAAAACCGUCAAAGAAAGAGCAGUGAAUGGUGUGAACGGUGUAAACGGUGGGAUAAAUUCAAUAUCCAAACAGGUUCAGGGCUACGUCGAUCAGGGGGUUAAAGCUGCGCAGGAAAACGGAGUGGCUAAAAUUGGAAAUGGUAUUGCAAACGGAGGGAAACAACUCAUCGCUAAUGGCGGUACUUCAAUUAUACAAAAUGGGGUUGCUAACGGUAUUGGACAUCUCGUUAAUGGACAUUUGCCCACGAAUAAAGUUGCUCCGGUUAGAAAUUCUAUCGCUAACAACAAUAACAACAUUGGAAAUCCUGUUAGAAAUAUGUACAAUGAGGUCGAAUCCUAUCAACAGGACUUGCAUAUUUAAACUGGUAAUUUCGAAAUAUAUUCGCAAGUUUAGCACGGAAAAACAAGAAAUAUCUGGUAAUUAUUUAUAACUGAAAAAUGCUCACCGCAAAUCAUCUUAGUAGGUGCAUACUACGUUAGUCAUUCAAAUACGGAUAAGAUGAUAGUUUUUUUUGUUUUUUUCUUAUCAAUUAGCAGCAUCAUUUUUCCAUGACAAUUAUGAGUACAACAGUAUUAGGUAUUAAUAUGGUGAAAAAAACGUGCAUCAGUAUCAUAUUUGAUCUCAAGAUACGAGAUUACUGAUCAUCAUAGUAUAAGUCAGAAGAAACGAAACAUAAUUUUGAUUUAUAAAAAUCCAUGUAAGUGAUAUACAUACUUAGUUGUAUAAGAUGUCCUAUUUUUUAACGUACAAGUAUACAUUGAAUCUUGCAGUCGUUUAAUUAACCACUGGGUGAUACGUGUAUCUCGAAGAAAAAACAUCACAUUGCUCACAAAAAAAUCUUGGUCCGCUGGCGGAUAGGAUAUAUUAAGAUGAUAUAUUUUAAUGGAAAACAUGGAAUAAAAACAGUUGUCAAUUUAUAUUAAUCGUAAUGCUGACAUUGUCAAGAGUAACGCUUUCUAUCCGUGAAUGGAAUCAUUGCAGAGUCGAAAGAAUGAAAUCAAUUCAAAGGUAGAAGAUUUUAUAGUAUUGUUACAUUGAUUGUUUAUUAGAAUAAUUGUAAACACUAAAAAUAUUUCAAGCGUAUUAUACAUGAAAUCGAUUGUUAUGGUAUUAUGGAUCAUUAUCAAAUAGUGGCAAAGUGCCUUAUAGCAUGUACUAUAUCGAAUUAAUCACUUGUACGAUAAAAAAUUUUUUUUAAUUACAACUGUAGUACCACUGGCAAUGUAUACCAUAAUUGUGAACUACAUAUAUUAUAGUUAUUUAUAUUUAUUUAGAUAAAAUCGAUUGAUUAUGAGAAAAAUAAUUAUGAUGGAUCAAAGAAAGCAUUUCAAUGGUUUGUAGGUGAUAAAUUUAUACGUGAAUUAUUACACGUGUCGAGUAAUCGAUGAUGCAUAAAUUGACCGUUACGUACCUAUAUGUCUAGUAUUUUUCAGAAUAAUCAUAACUAUAUUUUGAUGUUAAUUGAGAUAGGCAUCUAGUCACUGAUAUUGUAACCCAUUUAUUAUUAGAAAACAACUCUUUGUGUAAAUAAUUCCAUAACCUACAUUGAAAUACAUUAAUACGUAUGGUAUGUAUUGAAAUACAUUAAUAUGUAUUUCAUAUCGUUGAUUUAUCAAUAAACAUCUACUAGUCUCUA